GUUAGUUUUAUUUUCAGUUGUUUGACCGUUUUCUUAUUAUGUGCCAUUGAUAAAGGCUUUACCAAGCCGAAACGUUUGGCUAACAAUAAAUUUACGGAUAAUAUAAGCAAUUAUUGAAAUCUAUAAAUCAAAUACCUCUCGGCUCUGAGAUUCAUGCCACUGACGUCUUUCUCAGCUGCUUUUCUGUUAUUUGGAAAUGCUCUCAUUAUGAUCUUUUUUGCCAUGUAUGAAUGAAAUGCCAUUAGAUCAAUCGAUAAAUAAAAUUGUGUUCAAAAUAAGCACAACAACAUCCUAUUCGUACACUAAAUUGUGCUAACAACGCGAGAAAUGUUAUUUUUCACUAUCUCUCACUAUUCUGACAUUUUCCACUCUCAAUGAAAAGCGCAAAAUCUAUUCGAUUUCUUUGAUCUGAAGGGACGUUACAUUGAAAAGCUGGAUGUACCGUCGUGGGAAGAGCAGAUCGAAUUUCUUCAAACAAAUCAAAAGUUUGGUGGUAGAGUUGUAGUUCUAUAUGAUAUAUUUGAUGUAAAAUGUCUAUUCCUUGUUUCGAAUUGUCUAUCGCGUAUUCAGACAUUUGAACAAUCUAAAUUAAUUAUCAGCAUCACAAACCAAUUAUAUCCUACGCCAAUUACACUUAAAUUUAAGAAAAUAUAUGAGCUGUCUGUAUUAAAAUCUCAAAAACGUUAUGUUAGCAUAUCGUAUGAAACACUGGACCAACUACAACCAAAAUUUGAUGUUAAAGAUAUUGAAACAAUUCGUCGUGAUACCUGUUCAGCUGUUUCUAAAAUGUUAGAACGUUUAUUAAAAUUAUUAUUUCGUACAAAAGAUGUAACAAAAGUGAAACAAUACGUUUAA